GUGCCUUUCGCGCCCCCCAUGGCUGAGCAGGAAGCUGAACAGACGGCCUGGGCCAGCGCCAUGACGACAAUCUCCAGUUACCUUUCUGGAGCUGCACCUACCGCUUCUGCUCAGGUGAUUUCUAAGACCAUGUGCGAGACAGAUGUGCAAAAGGCUCAGGCAGCCUGGGCCAGCGCAAUCAAGAAAAUCUCCAAGACCUACCUUGAUGGAG